AACACGGAAGCCAGCUAGGCGAAAACUUCUAUCCCUCCAGCAACCAAUUGUACUGUCCGGACAUUUUGGAUGCAGAUUGAUAGUGUCCUUGUCACUGUCAGCGGUAGUUUUAAGAAAAGUAUCCACGUAUAGAACUUAGGCACGGACUGUUGUUUUAGUGAUUUACACUCAAAUAAGAGUAGAAUUUGGUUUUCACUUUCUUCUAAAUGGAUACACAUGAACCGACCAUACAAAAUAUUUUGGAGUCAAAUACUUUGCGUUGGAUUUUUGUGGGUGGCAAAGGAGGAGUUGGAAAAACUACAUGCAGCUGUAGCAUUGCAGUUCAACUAGCUAAGGUGCGUGAGCGAGUCCUCAUUUUGAGCACAGAUCCUGCUCAUAAUCUGUCAGAUGCAUUCGACCAAAAAUUUUCACGAAAUCCUACUAAAGUCAAAGGUUUUGACAAUCUGUUUGCUAUGGAGAUAGAUCCAAAUGUUAACCUGGGAGAAUUUGAAGAAGAUCUUGUAGGUUCAGAAGAAGCAGCAGUGUCCGCUGAUAUCAGAAAAACGAUAGCUCAUCUAAUGACAUCCUUUCCUGGGGUUGAUGAAUAUAUGUCUUACACUGAAGUGUUUCGUCUGGUUCGUAAUAUGGAUUAUUCGGUUGUGGUUUUCGAUACAGCUCCUACAGGUCAUACUUUACGGCUACUGGCGUUUCCAGAAGCUAUGGAAAAAAGUCUUAGCAAGGUAGUUUCAAUGAAAAAUCAGUUUGCUCCAUUUUUAAAUCAACUAAUGAGUCUUGUUGGAAUGAAUAGUGCACAAGGUGGUGAUUUAACCAAUGCACUGGAAACACGUUUACCAAUAGUUAAAGAAAUAACAAGACAAUUUAAAGACUCUAACCAGACCACAUUUGUCUGUGUCUGUAUCCCGGAAUUUUUAAGCAUGUAUGAAACGGAGCGUUUAGUUCAAGAGCUUACUGCACAUGAUAUUGAUGUUCACAAUGUCAUUGUAAAUCAAUUAUUAUUUCCAAAUCUACGAUCAUCUAGUUGUGAUACAGGUCAUGCUAACUCUUCUUUAAACAAUGAUUCAGAUGAACCACCAAGCGAUUGUCGAAUGUGUUUAGCACGUCAUCGAAUACAAUCGAAGUAUUUGGAACAAAUUUUAGAACUCUACGAAGAUAUGCAUGUUAUUCAGUUACCUCAAUUAGAAAAUGAAGUAAGAGGAAUACAGUCUGUGAAAAAUUUUUCUGAGCUUCUUUUAAAGCCUUAUCGUAGGCCAUGAAUGAAAGUAGCAGGAUAGUGUACGGUUAAUCGGAAAUAUCUUGUAAAAACUAUACUUUUUGCCUGCCGUUUUUAUUUCUGAGUGGUUUUUCUUUGAUAAUAUACAUAUAUAAUUACUAUUAUCAUGCCGCAGAGAG